AUGUUGGGUCCUACUCCAGCCCGUACUCCGCUCUCCUUCACCUUUGAGGACAGCGAUUCCGAGUUUGAUGCUCAGAUGGCAAUGCCUGAUUAUGAGCCCAUGUCUCCUGUUGUCGCCAAUCUUGAGAAGAUGGUUGCCAAUCGCAAGACCGUUCCCAGUGAGAGCGGCACCACAGCCGAGACUAUCAGCUCCGUUGGCCGUAGCAUGUCCAACAAGCGUAGCAUCUCAAGCAUGGAUAGCACUCCCCCCGAGUCGCCCAUUGAGGCUUUUCUCUCCCGGCCCGAGACUCCCAACUACCCUUGCAACAACUGGAACUCUACCUCCACGUUUACCAUGCGUAACGGUCAGGUCUACAGCUUUGGUCAGCUCCAGGUGAUGUCCCUCCAAAUUGCUGAAGCCAGACGCAACGGAGAAUUUCCUCCUACCACCGAGCCUACUCUGGAUGCCAAUGCUGUUGCCGAAGACUACAAUUCGCUCAUCUAUCUUCGCCGCCUUCGUGGUAACCAACUUGCUCCUGCUCCUCAGUCAUACGUCCACUUCCGCGAGCAGGUUGCACUCGGCAUCCAGGUCCGUCAGGCAUCUCUCAAGCGCGAGACUGAUCAAGAAGUCGCCCGCCGUGUUGACCACUACCUUCAAGCGGUGGAAGCUGAGCAGCGAUAUUACAACGCUUCAAACACUGCGCUCCAGCAUCGUGAGGUUUUCAACCCUACUCAGCAAGACUUCAUCGACGUCCACGAUGACAUGUGCUCUAUGGUCGAGCAUACCAUCGAGCAGGGCAUCUCCGACGCCACUGGACCCCUCCGCAUGAACGUUUCUAAUCUCAAGAAACAAGGCGAAGUCUUCCAAGAGCAGACAGCCCUCCUGCAGCAUCAGAAUGACAUGUUCCAACGACAGACUGAUGGACUUGUCGAGCGGCAAAGCGGCCUUCUUCGACAGCAGAACAACACGUUUCAGCGACAAAGUGAGCAACAAAACAGCCUUGUUCAGCAGCAGACCAGCCUGCUUCGACACCAAACCGAUGCCUUCCAACAACAGGCCCAGGAGCAAACCAGCCUCCUUCGACACCAGACCGAUGUCUUUCAGCACCAGACGCAGAAGCAGAAUGAUCUCUUCCAGCUACACGCGGACCAACAGAAUGACCUCUUCAUGCAGCAGCACAGCAUGUUUCUGAACCACAAGGCUAGCCUUCGGGAACACAGCCGUUUCUUCAAGAAGCAGACCGACACUCUAGAGCAGCAAAACAAAGUCAUGAAUGCUUCUGUCACUCACUUGAGUAACCUCAUCGAGCCUCAGAUCUAUAACAACCAGGCUGCCGCCCAGACCCUCGCGUCUGCCAACCAGCUUUUCAUCGACUUGUCGAAAGAACUCCCCGAGACCAUCCGAUGCGCUGUUGAGGAAGCUUCCCAGAAACAAGCUCGCGAGCUCAUUGAGCAAGCUCUUCAUAUCCAGCAGAUGGCUUCCGCCGACCCGCAGCCAGAUGCCAAAGCCAUCAGCGCCGCCCAGGAAAUGAAGGACGCCGCUGUUGGUUCCGAUAGGGCCGAACGAAGUGAGCGAUCAUCUAUCUUCCGUAUGGUGCGCAAGUUCAAGCGCCAGCGCAUAUCCUCGAUAGCCAAUGACACGAAUUCGUUCUCAGUAGAGAUUCUCACUCGAUCUACCCAGACAACUUACACCGUUGAGCCCCAUGGAAAACGAGCGAACCCCAGAUGGGCCAUUUGUCAUGCAACAUCGGGCAGUGGAGUCGUUCACCGUGGAGCAAGGCUCAAGCUCAAGCACUCAAAGUCUCGGUCUGGAGAUCGAAAGCCGCUCGUGAUCCGUCAAAAGCCAGUUCUGUAUGCCGCCCUCGGCUAUGGCGCCGGUAAUAGGAGUUCCGGGUCUUGGAAUGCCCCAUCUUCAGGCCUUCCAGGGCAUUUAGCAGCGAGUCUCACAGACGUCGUUGGAAAGGUGUAG